UCUGAUUAAACCCCCGAACCGAUCGCCAUUUUAUCUAAAAUAUCCUCCUCAGACCGACGGCGGGAGGGGGGGGGGUGGCGGUGAGGGCUUGGAUUUUAUUUUACCGCGGCUGGACGAGGCGAGGGGACGCGGGGGCGCCGUCGGCAGCCUGGCCCCGCCCCGCUGAGUGAGCGGCCGUUAGAUCGGGGGGAGGAAGAGGAGGCGGCGGUAAAGCAACCGGGUUUUUAUUUGCUCUUCUCUUUUUUCCUGUUUGGUUUGGUUCUCCAGUGACAUCCACCUCCCCCCCCCCUUUUUUUUACACGCACAUAAAUUAUUAACUGCUGAGUGAGAGGGGAGGGAAAGGAAGAAGAUUAAAAAUCGCAGAGAAAAUGUCGGGCCAGACCAUCACGGACCGUAUCGCGGCGGCCCAGUACAGUGUCACCGGCUCCGCCGUGGCCAGAGCCGUCUGCAAAGCGACGACCCACGAGGUGAUGGGACCCAAGAAGAAGCACCUGGACUAUCUUAUACAAGCUACGAAUGAAACCAAUGUUAACAUACCUCAGAUGGCUGACACUCUUUUCGAGCGAGCAACAAACAGUAGCUGGGUAGUAGUGUUUAAGGCUUUGGUUACCACGCAUCAUUUGAUGGUCCAUGGCAAUGAGAGAUUUAUUCAGUAUCUGGCAUCUAGAAAUACUUUGUUCAAUCUCAGCAAUUUUUUGGACAAAAGUGGAACACAUGGUUAUGAUAUGUCUACAUUUAUUAGGCGAUACAGCAGAUAUUUAAAUGAAAAAGCAUAUUCCUACAGACAGAUGGCAUUUGACUUUGCAAGAGUGAAAAAAGGGGCUGAUGGUGCAAUGCGAACUAUGGCUCCAGAAAAAUUGUUGAAAGGCAUGCCAAUACUGCAAGGGCAGUUGGAUGCAUUGCUGGAGUUCGAUGUGAGCCCUGGUGAAUUGUCAAAUGGAGUAAUAAAUGCUGCUUUCUUGCUACUUUUCAAAGAUCUAAUCAAAUUAUUUGCAUGUUACAAUGAUGGAAUCAUUAAUUUGUUAGAAAAAUACUUUGAAAUGAAGAAGGGACACUGUAAAGAAGCACUAGAAAUUUAUAAAAAAUUCCUCACUAGAAUGACAAGAGUUUCAGAAUUUCUUAAAGUUGCUGAACAAGUAGGUAUUGAUAAAGGUGACAUUCCUGAUCUUUCUCAGGCUCCUAGCAGUCUUCUAGAAGCACUUGAGCAGCAUUUGAAUACACUGGAAGGGAAAAAAAAAUGCAGCUGUGCAGGGGUUCCCUCUGCUACUUCCAAGGGCUCUCCAGAAAACACAGGAUCAUCUCCCACCUCCAGCCCCGCAAAGGUCGCUGACACUGCUGCAGUAGUUGAUCUCUUUUCAUCCCCACCCUCUGUCGUGGCUCCAACAAAUGCAUCCAAAUUGUCCAAUGACCUUCUUGACCUACAACCAGAUUUUACAUCUACCGUUCCGUCAACAGCAGCAGCUAAUCCACCAGCCAGUGCUUGGGGAGAUCUUUUAGGCGAAGAUUCUUUGGCUUCUCCUGCCCUUCCUAAUGCCCCUGAGGCACAGCCACCUGAUCCGUUUGCAGCAGAGGCUUCCUUGAAAACUUCUCCUACAACAACAGAUGCUACUACACCUACUGCUGCUGCCUUGGCAACAACCACUGAUCUGGAUCUUUUUGGAGAUGCAUUUGCAGCUUCUCCUGAAGAAUCAACAACAUCUGAAGGGGCAGGAGCAGCAGCAGCCCCUGCAACAACAGCAGCAGCAGCGCUUGAUGCAUGUGCUGGAACUGACCCUUUUGCACCAUCUGAAGGUAGUGCAGAGGCUGCUGCUGAACUGGACCUUUUUGCUAUGAAGCCUGCUGAGGCCAGCGUUCCAACAACUACCCCCACCACUACCAGUGCAACUGCCAGUACAACUACCAGUGCCAUUACCAGCACAACUGCUAGUGUGACUACGACUGAGACUGUUACUGUUACUGCGACUGCUACUGUUACUGCGACUGCUACUACUGCCACUACCACAACUGCAGAUACUACUGUCACCACCACCACUGCACCUGUUCUUGAUAUUUUUGGUGAUUUAUUUGAUUCUGUUCCUGAACCAAAUGCAUCUACAACUCCUAAACCAGAAGCAGGUCCUAGUAUAGACCUAUUUGCAUCAGAUGCUUUUUCAACCCCUUCACGUGGGGCUUCCCCUUUGCCAGAAAGUAGUCUUACUGCUGAUCUGUUAUCCGUUGAUGCAUUUGUAGCACCACCCACAGUCAGUGCCUCUCCUGCUAAAUCAGAAUCUUCAGCAGUACUUGAUCUGUUUGGUGAUGCCUUUGGCAGUACUGCUCCUGAGUCUCAGCCUGCCACUCAGGCUCUUUCCAGUUCAUCUGCAUCAUCGGACUUGCUAGCUGGAUUUGGAAAUGCAUUUAUGGCAACAUCGACUGCGCCAGUGCCUCCAGUUUCGAAUAAUAUUUUGCAACCUGACUUUGAAGCAGCUUUUGGUAUGACGACCACAAGUAAUACACUUGAUUCUUCAGUUUUUGAUGGAUUAGGUGAUCUUCUAAUGCCAACAGUGGCAUCCCAGAAUCAAGCAACACUCACAGGCAUGCCAACAACAGGUGGAACACAACAGCCGACAAAAGGCUUGGGGAGUGAUCUUGAUUCUUCUCUUGCAAAUCUUGUAGGAAACCUUGGCAUUUCUCCUACUCCAGGAAAGAAGAGUGACCUUCAGUGGAAUGCUUCUGAAAAGAAGUUGACAGGAGGAGCAAACUGGCAACCAAAAGUUGCUCCAACGACAGCUUGGUCAGCAGGUGUUCCACCCAGCAAUCAAAUGGGAGUUGUCCCUCCAGUUGGGCCUGCAUCUAAUGCUCAACCAGUACCUGGAUUUGGGAUGCCACCUGCAGGUGCAAAUGUACCCAUGAUGCCUCAGCAGCCAAUGAUGUAUCCUCAGCCUAUGAUGAGACCAGCAUUUGGAGCUGGACCACCGCUUUCCCCAAGCCCAACGCCUGCUACUCAGAGCCCCAAGAAACCUGCAACAAAGGAUCCUCUAGCAGAUCUAAACAUCAAGGAUUUCUUGUAAACAAAGCUACAGUUCAUGCAAUGAUGGGAAUGCUGAAGGUGACAACAGUUGAUAUUCACUACUCCAAGCAAUUCACCAGUCAUGUUUCAAUGCUUAUUCAGACUUCCAUAUUGUAAAAGGUGUAGCACAACUGUGAAAGUAACCCUUAGGAAUGUACUCUUUGAUGUUAUGCCCUAAUUUAUCAGAAAUUGUCCAUUUUGGAUUGUGUUUUGCAACUUGAAAGAUGGGUGUAUGUUCCUGAUGCCUUUUAGUGCUUCUCUGUACCUAACGAUAACUUGGGUUGCAGAUUUGCAGCUGUUGUGUAUGAGCCACUUGGAGUAAUGUAUUCGUAUUCUUGAAAGUGCAAAUGUAUAUAAUUUCAUUGCAGAGCCUAGGAUGUCAUGUCCAUUCUGUAUACCUAUUAGCUUAUAGUCAUGAUUCUAGUAGCAAUUUGCAUAUAAAUUAACGUGCUUACUCCCUUCAAAUCUUCCAAGUCUGAAGUUUUGUCUGAACCAAUUCACAACUACAAAAAUUGGAUUAAACAUACAAUCAAACAGUUUUUUAAAAGAAGUAUUUGUGCAUUAUUUUCAAAAUUAUUUAUAAUUCCUUUAAAAGUAAUAUAAAAUUUGAUGUUAAACUUCCAUAUUCUGCACUGAUCUUGGCAUAGAAGUAUUACUUGGCAAAAAUAUGCUGCAUACCAAGACAGGAAAUGUUAUCUAUAUGUCAUAUUUAUAUCUAUCAGUAUGUAAAAUUGUUGUAUUUAAUUUCUUUUAAGUUACAUUAUGUAUUCUUUAAUGGACCAGCAGUAAAAUAUCAGACACUGGGAAUGUUUAUUUUAGAAAAGACAAUAAUGGAUUGAUAUUCUCAGAUGUCUUUCAGUAAGGGAUCACAAACUGUUUAAAUGCACUUUUUUUUUGCUGCCCAUCACCAGCUUUCAUAUCUUUUUCCAUCAGUCAUAUUUGAGUUUUUUGGAUGUAUUUUUGUCAUUAAACCGUUGUUCCUAAAUUUUUGUAUGCAAGUGAGUAGUCUCAAACAUUGCCCAUGAUCUCGUCUACACACCUGCACCUUUUAAAGAAAUUUUAUGUACUGUGUGGAUCCCAGGGAAAUGUCAUAUUGUUUGCGCAAACUGCUUGGCAAAAGGUGUAGCUACCAACUAAGGAGGUCACUGUUGAUCAGUGGGAUUAGUGUUCUCAGGCAUGACAAUUAUUUUGUAAAAAUGCUAUGCAGUUUGAAAGUGUUUCAUUUAUGUCUCUUUAGAUCUGUCAAUAUCUAUAUAGUGUACCGUUCCAAGUAACUGUAUCUGGAAUUAAGUGAGGAAAAAUACAUAUAUUUAAAAAUAUUACUCUUUUUAUUUAAAUUUGUUUGAUUUUUCUCUCUUUGAUCCAGUGCAUGUAUCCCCUUUGAGAUGCAAUAAAUGCGUUAA